AGAAAGGGGGCGAUGGAACAACUUUCGAUUUUGGAUAAAUCUUAGUCUUGUUCAGUGGAUUAGCUCUUGUUUUGAAUUUGUUCUCCAAAAUCCUAUGGUCACUCUUUGGAACCAAAGCUUUUGUGAUGGAAAUAGAAUAUUCAGUUUUGAUUUAGACUCAAAUGAUUCAGGUUUUUUUGUCAAAAUUGUGGAGAAGCAUGUUAAUGGUUAUACAUCUAUUCAUGUUCCUGAGGGUUGUAGUAGGUUUGGUUUUAGGUUCUUUCUUGCUCAUUUGAUUAAGGUGGGGCUUUGGUUUAAGCACAAAACAACUAUAGGAAAAGGGAUUGUUGGUUUGGUUCUUUCUGAUAGUAAGAAGACCACAGGUGAGACUAUUUCUAACAAUGAGAAGGCAGAUGUUCAACUGGAUGUGGGCAGAAGUGUUGGAGAUGACCUAAUGGCCCUCUCUGAAACUAAACAACCAUGUUUAAUAGCACAAUCAAAAGGUGCAAAUCCUAUUUGUGUCCCAACUGCUAGUUCUUCAAUUCAGGAUAUGGAUGCUAAACUACCACCUGCCUCUUUUCAAAAGGAAGCAACCACCAGUGCUAAAAGUCUACAUGCUGAGGAUCUGCCUUCAUCUUGUGAUCUCAAGCCUAGAGGUCAUGAGAAACAGAAUUCAGAUCUGAAGAAUUUAACUGGGAUAAAGGAACGGACUCCUGAUUCUAAAGCCAGUCAUCUAUUGAGUUCAUCUAUGGGUGCAGUCAAGGCUUCGAGGACAAUUGACACAGAUCAGUGCAUAACCAGUGCAGCAAAAGACAAAGGUUUUGAACACCAAAUUGGAAUUGCAGAGACCCCUAGUGUACAUCCUCGCACAAUUCCUAGUUGCAGUCCCACAAUGACAAAUGAUCCAGCAGAUAGCUCAGGCUCAGUAUCUCUUCACAAUCUGGUCCAAUAUACUACCGGUGCAUAUCGUUCUGUUUGUGACCAACAACCUAAGUCAAGUGUAUUAACGUUACCUAUUAAGUCAAAGCCUCCUGGAGUCCUCAAUGUUCAGGCUCUUCCUUUCCGACCAGCUUUUCAAGGUGUAAACCAACCUAAACCCAUUGAUCAGAGCAAUCAUGAUGGAUCAAAUUUACAGAAGGGUAAUGGUAUCCAAGUUAAACAAGGUAAAUCACUUAAGGAGUUGAAGGCAUUGUCAAUGCCAAAGGAGGAAGAUACAAUUAAGGCUACUCCACUAAGUAUUUUAGACUUGAAAUUGGCUUAUGAAUGCUCUAAGCCAAUCAGCCUCAUUGAUUUGCCCUUGGUAGUGAAUGGAAGAGAAGAGUCUCACUGCACGGAGGAGGGGAAAAUAUCGGAUAGUGACGUACAACAUGAAGACGACAUUGAUAAUGACCUUGCUUUUGUGGAUGAGGAUGCAAUAUUCAUGGUAGUUUUUCAAGAAUGGAUCAGUUGCUACACUAAUCCAAAAUGCUGUGUUCUUGUUCAAUGCUGGGUUCUUGUUCAAUGCUGCAGUUUCCUGUUCAAUGAUGGGUUCUUCUUCAAUGCUGUAGUUUCCUAUCUAGUGUUGGGUUCUUCUUCAAUGCAGCAGUUUCUUGAGAUUUGGAGCUUUGUGGAUGUGGUGGAAUUUCAAGAUGCUCAUGUUUACAAGGAGAAGGAACACAAUGCAAGACCAUAACUCGGGCCAUGCUUCUAUUUAGUUCUUGCUGGUAGUGAGCUUUAAUUAUAGUGUUGUUUGACAGUUUAUGGGUUGUCUUGU